AUGUCAGGCGAGGGUUAUUAUCCACACAUCAGCCGUCAAGAUUGCAGUGUCGUUGGAGAUGGUUGCGGCAUGGAGACACGGGCGGGUCAAUACUUCGGAGACGCGUUUAGCAGCAUUGACGGCGGCGUUUACGCAAUGGAGUGGGCUUCUGACGGCAUAUCGGCCUGGCUUUUCUCUGGUCACGGAAUCCCCGAAGGCACAACGUCUGGUAGCCCAAAUCCCGCAGCUUGGGGCGUGCCGCUUGCGCGUUUUGCCGGAGGGAACGGCAGCAAUAUAGACUCAUAUUUUCGUGACAACAACAUUAUGUUUGACACUACUUUCUGUGGUGACUGGACUGGUAACCCUUCCGUGUGGGAUUCCAAUGCAACGUGCUCGCCCUGGUGCCUUCGUCAAUGCCUACUGGCUUGUCAAAUCAAUUACGCUGUACAAGAGGACAGAGAAUUUUUAACCAGGACGUCAGUUUCUGAGCUCCUGGCCCGUGUCGGUACCCGAACACACAUCCACGACACCGAUUCCAAGAGCCAAUAG